AUGGUCUCAUCCCUCCUCGACGCACCUCAUCUGAUCCUCAACAUAUACCUAGGCGAAGGCGGCUUCCGAGUGACAGACUCAUCCGGCUCCAUCGGGUUCUACCAGGAACAAUGGGACAAGGACCUCAUCCACAGCCCACAACUCACCGUCCACUCCAUCUGUACCGACAGCGACGCGAAGGGCAAGUCCUCAGAGCUGGUGCCCGUCGCCAGGGUAUCGUGGAUGCAGCCACUCAACUCAAUCAUCACGACGUACAACCUCCGCACCCGGAGGCGCCUACACAUGUACCGCGAGGUGCCCUUCUCCAUCUGCCACACCGUCCAGGGUCCCUUCACGACCUGGCAGUGGAAGCGGCUGGAAAAGUGCUCUCCACACCUGCGGCUCGUGGACUCAUGCGGCGAGAAAAUGAUGGCGGCGUUGGUAUACUGCAAGCCGCGCGAUCGCAGGUACAGGGCGGGCCAUCUGGCGACGUUGAAGAUUGGGGCGUCCACGCCGGCGGAUGCGAUUGAUGACAUUGUCGUCACGGCGCUGGCGAAGCUCACGUACCAGCGGAUCCAUUGGUACUAUUCGAUCAACAAGACGAAGCCGAGGAUUGCGCAGAUUGCCGGGGCGGUAGCGGUUUGA